ACAAGCAAAGGUGAUGCGAACAUCCGCUGUGAGAAAGAGAGGGCAGUGCGGGACAAUAAGAAGCGCUUAGAGGAAGAAACCAGCUUUUCUUCUCAUUUCCACAUCUGUUUUCCUCUGUUUGGGAACAGCAAGACCUGUCUGUGCUCCAUCCAGUGCUUGCUGGUUGUAAUGUUCAAAUAAGGCGAGGCUGACCCUUUUCAUUUUGGACGGACCACAAGUAGGAUAGCCAGCACAUCGAAGAGCGCUGCUGCUUCCUGCUGCUGUUUUAUACUAUCUGAGACCCGGGGAAGACAUGAAUUCAGCCGAACAGACUGUAACGUGGCUCAUAACGCUGGGGGUCCUGGAGUCCCCUAAGAAAAGCAUCUCGGAUCCAGAGGCUUUUCUCCAGACGUCCCUGCAGGAUGGAGUGGUGCUAUGCAGGCUGCUGGAGCGACUCAGACCCGGGACGGUGGACAAAUUUUUCCAGGAACCGAGGAGCGACAGCGACUGUCAGAGGAACAUCACGGAGUUCAUUAAAGGCUGCGGUGCUUUCGCAGUGGAGCCCUUUGAGAUCAAUGACCUCCUGCAGGGACUGAACUUCUCCAAGGUCCUCAACUCCUUGGUCGCCCUUAACAAAGCCACUGAAGAUUUAGGUGUUUCUGAAGACAGUGUGUGUGUGCCGCACUCCUCAUCACUGAGGAUCAAGUCAUUUGACUCUCUGAACGCUCAGAGUCGCUCCUCUAAACUGCUGCAGCCUCAGUACCGCAGCCUGGACAUGUCAGAGAGCAGUGGGUGCAGCCACGUGCUGGUCAAGGCGCGCUUUGCCUUCAAGCAGACCAACGAGGACGAACUCUCUUUCUCCAAGGGCGACAUCAUUACCGUGAUUCGGCAGGAAGAUGGGGGCUGGUGGGAAGGCUCGCUCAGCGGCAAGUGCGGGUGGUUCCCCAGUAACUACGUACGGGAGCUGAAAGGAAACGACAAAACGUCAGACAAGCCAAAGUCUGGAACACUGAAGAGCCCCCCUAAAUGUUUUGACACCACUAUCGUCAGUAAAACCUACUACAAUUUGGUCCUACAAAACAUCCUGGAUGCAGAGAGUGAAUAUUCGAGGGAGCUGCAAAGUCUCCUGGGCACAUACCUUCGCUCACUUCACCCCACAGACAGACUCAGCAGUGCUGACAUCAGUCACAUUCAGGGGAAUCUGGAGGAGAUCUCGACCUUCCAGCAGAUAUUGGCUCAGUCCUUGGAGGAGCAUACAAAACUUCCAGAGAGCCAGCAGAGGAUCGGAGGCUUCUUCCUGAGUCAGAUGCCCCAGAUAAAGACCAUCUACCUGGACUACUGCUUCAACCACCCGUCUGCUGUCAACGUACUCACGCAGCACGGUGACGAUCUGGGGAAGUACAUGGAGUCAAAGGGGGCACCCUUUCCUGGGAUCAUAACUUUGACCGCUAGUCUGAGUAAACCCUUCACCAGACUGGACAAAUACCCAACGCUGCUGAAAGAGCUGGACAGACACAUGGAGGAGCAACACCCUGACAGAGAGGAUCUCCGUGCUUGCAUGACUGCCUUUAAAAACCUUUCAGCUCAGUGUCUGGUGGUGAGGAAGAAGAAAGAGCUGGAGUUGCAGAUUUUAACGGAGCCAAUCAGAAACUGGGAAGGGGAUGACAUCAAAACCCUCGGCCCUAUUCUCUACAUGUCCACGGCUGCAGUCCACACGCACUCUCAGGAGCCAAAUGAACGCUACCUCGUCCUCUUCGCUCACACUCUGCUCAUGCUCUCUACCAGCCAGCGAAAGAGCGGAUUCAUCUAUCAGGGGAGGAUGCCUCUGUCGGGAAUGCUCAUCUCCAGGAUAGAAGAUGGUAUAAACCAGAGGAAUGCUUUUGAAAUUUCCGGUGGCCAGUGUGAGUGGAUGCAGGUGGCAUGUAACAGUCAGAAGGACCUGCAGGACUGGCUGGACUUUCUCACCAGGCAGACGCACACACCGGCCGCCCACACACACUCGCACAAGCCUCAGUCCGUCUGCCACACGCUGCCCUCUCACCCCGUCACUCCCUCCAGACUCUCGGAGUCCCGUGGAGGGAGCACCGGACACGCCUACCACACCCUUCCCCAUCCCUCUUCACAUGGGAUGACCCACAGCGGCAGCCCAAUGUGGGGACCCCUGGAGCCACCGAGUACCCCCAAACCCUGGAGCCUGAGCUGCCUUCGUCCUGCGCCCCCACUCCGACCCUCAGCUGCUCUCAGCCAGAAGGAGGAUUUGAGUAAGAGUCCUAAGAACAUGAAAAAGCUGCUCCCCAAGAGAAAGCCAGAGAGGAAACCUUCAGAAGAGGACUUCACUGUCAGAAAAAGUACCGCAGCUCUCGAGGAGGAUGCUCAGAUCCUGAAAGUGAUCGAGGCCUACUGUACCAGUGCCAAGACGCGACAGACUCUCAACUCCACCUGGCAGGGGACCGACCUCAUGCACAACCAUGUGCUCGCUGACACCAGCCUCACCGUCGCUGGUUUACCCGGCAACCUGCCUUGUUCUGACCAGUCAGAGGACUCGGAUUAUGACAGUAUCUGGACCGCCACUAGUUACAGGACCGCCUCAUUUUCUCGCUCCAGCAGAAAGGAUGUGCACAUGCUGUUCCCAGAGGAGGAGAAGAUCAUAGUGGAGGAGACCAGGAGCAACGGACAAACUGUGGUGGAGGAGAGGAGUCUGGUGGACACCGUGUACAGUCUGAAAGACGAGGUGCAUGAACUCAAACAGGACAACAAGAGGAUGAGGAGGACGCUGGAGGAGGAGCAGCGAGCGAGGAAGGAGCUGGAGAGGAUCAUCAGGAGAGUUUUGAAGAACAUGAACGACCCGACCUGGGACGAGACCAACCUCUGAGAUCCAUGUGUAUUUAAUCAUCUUCUGACCUUGGAAGGAUCAAAAAAGACCUCUGAACUGUGUGGACACGAGUCGACUUUUCACCGUUCUGACUCUGAAGUCCACUUACACAGCGACAAAACUUUGGACCAAGACAAUGCCUGCCGGCCAUGAGCAAAGCCAUCCCAACUGACCGUAAGCUGUGAAGCCAAAUUAGCUGGUAGGCGUGAUGACAUCACUUCCUUCUUUGGAGCACUGACAAAACUGAAUCACUUUCUCUUGUUUCCUUAUGUGUGUUUAUUUUUCAUUCCCUUUGUGCUUAUAUGCAGUAAGUCUAAAGUUUCACCAGUAUUUCAUAAAGUGGCCUGGUGCUCGAACAAGAACACUACAUGGGUUUCUAUAUUUCAGAAAUAUUAGAGUCGUAUGUGAAUGAAAGUCCUCGCCGAAACUUAAAAUUGUUUGCAUGAGCAGCAGUUUCAAAUGUUAAAUCAUCAUAUUAUUAUGAAAGAUAACUUUAGAAUUCUAUUUAUGUUAUUCAGUCAAACGCUAAUGAACUAUAGAGUUGGAUUAUUUAUCGUAGUAGGGCACAAAGUCACUACAAUUUAAUCAGAAGCAAAAUUUACCAGCAUUUCCAAGUGACCUGAUAUUUUACGGGAUGAGCACCGUAACAAUGACUGCAGCAGACAUUGCUUCAUGGGUUGUGUACAUUUCUUUUAUUUAUUUAUUUAAAAAUAUAUAUAUAAUACUUUUGUUUAAAAAAAUAAAAAAAAGGAACAGGAACUGCAUCACACAAAGAAGUUCAAUCUUUAUCAGUAAAUCUCAAAAACGUGUUAGUCACUGUUGCUAAAGGGUAGCUGGAGAUAGAGAGGAAGGGCCAAUAAGCUGCUGGAACAUUAUACGUGUCUGCCCGAAGCUGCAGUUCUGACAGGAAAAUACGUGCUAAUAAACACAGUAUUGCUGCCAAGUCACAAAUAGCUUGGAACUGAGUGGAUCUAACUCUCACAGCAGUAACUGUUUAAAGUAUGAAAAGAGUUGCAAUCCGAUACAUUAAAUAAGCAUAGUUGUGUCAUGGAAGUAAUUGGAAACUCCCAACGUAAAGCCCAUAAUUAAGGAAAAUGUUUAAUGCAGCCAGAUUUCUAAUGCAGUAUGCACACUGCUGACAGCUACAGGGUUUCCCUUUUCUUUUGUUCAUCUUCCGCUAAACAAAAUGUUCGCAGUGAGUCAGCUCUUUGCUCUUUGUGUUUCAAGACCAAAGUCCAAGCAAUAUAACACUAUAAAGAAGUUGUUUAGGUUUUUUUUUUUUUUUAAUGUUUUUUACUCUGUCGAUACGCAACUUAACUUUAGAGCGAUUUCCUAUUUUUGAUAUUUGUGAUUGGUUCACUCUUAAAAAAAAAAAACAAAAACAAAAAAAAACAAAAACCUGGUUUUGAUUUGUAACACUGCUAAUUUUUAUUUUUUAUUUACCUGACCCUUUUGAUCACGCUACAGAUGAUUUGUAUUUCUCAUGAGCGUCAGGAGACGUGCCUUGCGGACAAAAAAAAAAAAUAUUUCCUCUGUUAAAGUUAUCACUUCGAGAAACUUCACCCACAAGUGAGAUAUUCAUGAAAUAGAACCCACACUAAUGUAAGCCAUGUAAUGUAAAUCUUAUUUAACUUAAAGUGACUGACGUAAAUGUAAUGUGUAUUCUAAUGUUACCACUGAUUACAGUAGUUGCUAUUACAAGAAUAACCCUCCCCGUCCUUUCUAUUUAUUUCACCCAUUUGUCUGUGAAUUAAAGUACUGAAUCAAAGACGG